AUGAAGAUGCGCUGGCCCUUCGAGAGAUUUGACGGCGCAGUGUGCAAGGCAAAUUUGAAACUAGCGAUUAGCCGAGCGCGAAUGUGCACCAACAGACUGCAAAAUUCCAUUAUACUUCAACGCAAAGAAAUUGCUAGUUUCCUUCGCGAAGGGAGAGAAGAGGGCGCAAGGUUGAAAGGAGAACACCUCCUGCGUGAAUACAGACUGGAAAGGGCGAUGGAGAUCCUCGUGACGGCGAGAGGAUCCUCGUCGAGGGCAACCCCUGUGCGGAGUCUGGAGGGGGAUUGCCCUGUGGGGCCUCACCACAAGGAAGCCCCAACGCUGCCUUCAGCUUUCAGCCAAACAAAACGGGCAGACCUAGUGCGCGUUGAGUUGCAGAGCUACAUUACCACGGAGCGCCGAUGCCCUCCCGACUUGCUUUCGCCGAUCCAUACCCUUCUUUACUGCGAGCCGCGGCUAAGUAUUGACGAGCUGGCAACCGUCCGGCGGCAAUUCGCCGUGAAGUAUGGGGAAGUUUUCGUAGAGGGCGCACUGGUGCACGCGCUCUCUCUCACCCCACCCCUUGAGUUCGACAUUCAGGAACUCCUCUGUGGAAUUGCUAAGGAGUAUUUCAUAGCCGAGUGGAAACCGAGCAUAGCCAUGGAGAUUUGCCAGCCAUGCAAUUUUAUUCCCCAGCCACGAUGCCACAAUAAGCGCCACCAGCAAAAACAACAGCAGCAAGAACAAGAACAGCAACAGGAGCCGCAGCUCCACCAACAACGAGGGAACACUUCCCUGGGUAGUCAAAGGAGCAGAAGCAACGAUAAGCAAGAGGGGGCUUCGUCGUUUGAUGCCAAAGCGCGUAGCAUCCUUACCACUACUGCCUUUCGCAGCAGCGGCAGUGGCAACAACCCAAGUGAAGACAGCCCAAUAUGCUACAAAGAGGCCGCCAGGGCAACUAAGCAGCUUCACAUGGAGGACUUUGUGUUUCCAUUGCUGCAGCCGCCUCCCAAACCGCACUCCUUUUCUCUCGAUGAGGCUGCCACCGAACGCCCCCAGUUGCACAACCCGACUGACUGCUGCCUAUUUGUGCAAAACCGAAAUCCCCUAGUACCAAACAGAUGCAGCAGUAGCAGCCACAACCUCUGGAUACGCCAUGAUUGCAGAAGAGCAGUGAAACAACAUAUCGCCGACUCUUACAAGAUGCUGAUGGGAUAUAUCGACAACUCAGUGAGAACCUGCCCGUCUAGUGCCAGGAUCUCUUACCCAUUUGCCUAA